AUGUCGUGUUCCCCAAAGGAUAAUGGCCACUGUGUCCCUUUGUAUGACGAGUUUCAAAAAGGCGAUGAUAUUUGGGUGUUUUUUCUUGCCAAUAAUCCAAUUGCAUGCAGUGUUCUCAUUGUAUGUGGAUUUUUAUCAUCUCUAUAUAUGAUUUUCUGCAUAAUUGAGUCAUGCGCAAUGGGCCAUAAAUUCAAAGAAAGCACAAGUAAAGAUAGUUUGAAGAGCAAGCUAAUUAGGUGCCUAGCACAGCAGAAGAAGAAAAAGAAGGAGGAAGCUAAAAAACCUGUUAGACUCAUUAAUUAUACAGGCCUAAAGAGUAUAGCCAAACCAGAAGAAGUGCAGCCAUUAUUACAGGAAGAAGUACAGCCACUGUUACAAGAAGAAGUACAGCCAUCAUUACAAGAAGAAACACAGUCACCAUUACAGGAAGAAGAUAUUCAAAGAAAUAGGGCGGCAACAACACCCCCUCUCUCUCCUAUAGAGGAAAAUGCAUACCUUGAAGAAGUAGACUCAAAAAAUAUAGAAAGACGCAGAUCUAUGACAGUCCCUGUAGUAAGGAUAUCUGCACCCCCUCAAAGUGACCUGUUUAAUAGUGAUAGAAUAAUUGAGGAUACUUCAUCAGAACAAAGUAAUGCAUCAGAGCAUGAUGAUACACCAAAUGAAAUAAGCCCGGUGAUAGAUAGAUCGAAUGAAGUAAAUCUAAGAGUGCAAAGAGAGGAUUCAACAUCUGUUGCAUUGGAAUUCAACUCAAAUCAAGAAAUUGAAAUGAUAGAACUGCCAAGAAAACCAGUAAUCCCAAAUUAUGACUUCAAUGAGGUUGAAAUACAAGCUAUUGCAGAUGAGCACCAGAAGCUGCAGGAAGUGGAUAUCUUGAUAUACAGAAUAAUAUAUAAGAUAAGUCCUUUCUGGAAUCUAGUCAUACACAGGGUAGGCAUGAAUUGCAUACUUAUUGUAUUCUUCAUAUGGUCAUACUAUAUUCUACCAGUAUGGCUAAUUAGCAAGGAAAUAUAUGUUGAAAGAAAUGACGGGGCAUAUAUCCCAGAGACAGCAUUAGAUCUUUUUUUCCAGGAAAGAAUGAAGGCAAGACUAGAUCUAGAUGAAGCACGUAUUAAAGAAAUCUCAACCAGAGAGCUAGUCAAGAAGAUGAAGAGUUUUAGAGAAAAGUCCGAAACAUACGAGAUAUUUAGGCAUAUAAUUAGAAAUAAGAUAAAAGAACCAGUGCCUUUGGUAAAGUCAGUUGAAUGGCUGAAACAGAACUUCCCAGAUAUCACAAGAUACGAUAAUGUAUACGAAAGAAUUAUGGCAAGAAUUCAGAACUUUAAAAAAAUCUUCCCAGGCCACAAAAUACCAGAUGGAUUUGAGGCCUUUACUAAAUAA